AUGAAUGCUAUUAAGAUCUUUAUGAAAGGGAACCCUGUUCCUACUUUGCUUGGGAACACUUACUACUCCAUUCAUCUAAAAAAUUCCUAUGGAAAGGGAAUGAUUACUUGUUGUACUCCUUUGUUGUACAAGUGGUACAUCUCUAAACUUCCUGACACCCAUGAGUUCUGGAAUCACAAAGAAGGACUAAAGUGGUCACACAAGAUCAUGACUCUCACCAACACUGAUAUUGUUUGGACUAACAAUCACUUUUGUAGGAUGAAGACUUUGGAUUUCUGUGGUGAUUUCCAUAAUGUGCCCCUCAUUGGUACAAAAGGAGGAAUCAGCUAUAGCCCUGUGUUAGCUCGUCGUCAAUUUGGGUUUCCUAUGGACAAAAAGCCAAGGAAUAUUCUAUUGGAUGGGUUCUUUCUUGAAGAAAGAGUCGAAAAGAAAUAUUUUAGGGAAAGGAUUGCUAAUGCUUGGCAUCCAAGUCAUAGAACGGAAAUUAAGGAAUUGAAGAAAAAAGGAGAUCUCUCACCUGAACCUUUUGAUAGUUGGGUUGGUUCAAGAGCUGCUGAACUUAGGAUGCCUAGUCUCCCUGGGACAUCUCUACCUCCUUCUAAGAAGUCUCGUCCACCUAUUAUGUAUCCACCAACAAUUGAAGACCUCAAAUAA